GUUUACGGUUCUUGGGCGCUUGAAUGUGACGUCAUUAGCGUGCGCUGCACCGCAUGUGUACGAGAGCAGAUAGUUGUGUAACAUGCGUUAAUCCUGUUCCUGUUGUUAUUUAAUGCUCAUGGACCGGAUACAGGAUCAGUGAGUAACGCUGGGGAAAAGCCUGUGUGAAAAUCAUGACAAGCAAAAAAAAUGCAGAAAUGGCUCAAGAGCCAAACAGAGCAGCUGACGAUGAGGAGCUGAACAUGUCUGAGGAAGAAGAGGAGGAAGGACUUCAACAGAACCUAGAAGCUUCUAACCAGGAGAAGGGUGGUGAUGAAGAAGAGGAUGGUGAACAGGUGGAUGAUGGCACUGUAGACAAAAAAACAACUGGCAAGAAGUGCAUCCCAGGUAUCGUGUAUCUGGGCCACAUACCACCCAGAAUAAGACCCAAACAUGUGCGCAACAUGCUGGCAGUGUUCGGGGAGAUCGGACGGGUUUUCCUCCAGUCUGAAGAUCGCUCUGUUAGGAGAAAGAAGAGGAAAGCAGGCAACCGCGGCUCGAGGUACGUGGAAGGCUGGGUGGAGUUUAGGGACAAGCGCGUGGCCAAGAGAGUGGCGGUGUCUCUGCACAACACGCCCAUGACCAACCGCAAGAGGAGCCACCUCAGCAGCGACCUGUGGUGCAUCAAAUACCUGCACCGAUUCCAGUGGUGUCACCUGAGCGAGCGGCUGGCGUACGAGCAGACGGUGUACCAGCAGCGCAUGAGGACGGAGAUCUCACAGGCCAAGCGCGAGACCAACUUCUACCUGGCCAGCGUAGAGAAGAGCCAGACCUUGGACAGGCUGAGGAAGAAGAGAGCGAAGAAGGGUGAGGUGGUGGAAGAGAAGGGCUGGGAUUUCACACAGCGGCGCACCGAGGAAGAGAUGAGGAUGGAGCGCAUGAAGAAGAGCGGCCUGUCCAAGAAGAACCUCCAGAAAGCUCAGGAGAAGAGCAGAGCCAUCCAGGACAAAGCGCAGUCCAACGUGUCCCUGCUGGCUAAGAUCUUCAACAGAGGGACAUCACACGACUGAGGCGCGUCUUCGAACGAUCGAUUAAAGAGAUCCGUGUUCAGAUCAUACGUGUGUUCAGUGUGACGGUAACGAAAUUGGGAAACACUUUCAAAAGACUUUGACACCCUGCGAUUUAAGAUACAACACUUUUACCAGCAGGUUUGUGAUCAUUGUGUUUCAGGUCAGAUUAUUUUUACUCACCGGGCCCUGAAUAAACAUGUGUUUAAAUGUACAGAAGACUAUUUUUAUUAGAAGUAGUAGCAUCUUUUCUACAUACACCUCCAGCUGAUGUAUGGAGAUGUUGUCAUUUUACAUCACAGUAAUCAUUUUCCAUUUGUUCAUGAGGAUUAAAGUAAUUGCUAGAAUUAUCAGGGAAAUGCGGUUUUACCAGACGACGCUGUAUAUAUUUCAUGUGUGUGUGUGAACGUAUUUCUGUGAUUUAGUAAAAUCGGAGAAAUAAAAAGUUUGUCGAAUUUAAA